AAAAAUUGAACAGGAACGUAUGAGUUGAACUCUGUGCAUACGGCUUGCCAGACACCGUCUUAUUUGAGUUUCAUAAACCCACCAGGAGAGCUGAUUUUUCUUAUAUUACGGAUAGGGAAAUGAAAUAAGAGAACUUAAGCUAUUGGCCCGAGGCCAUCCUGGCAGGUCUGUGUUUGGGAGAGUGCUGUGACUCACGCUGGACUCUAAUCCACGAGGGUUUCUCGGGGUCAGCAGUUGGGGGAUGAAAACAUGAAAAGUGUGGCUGGCAGGAAAUUCUGCAAACAGGGAAGGGGAAACAGAGAUUAAAUGAUGCAGGUCUCCGGGAAGAGAAUGAGGCUGGAUCCACAAAAUCACAGGAGGAAGCAGGCCCAGACCUCAGAGGCAGAAAGAGAAAGAAACCAGAGCUUAGAGUCAGGAGGAGGAAACCAGAACCCGGAGCCACGAGAGGGCCGGAUCCCCGGCUCAGAGAGAGGAGGCCGGAUCCCCGGUUCAAAAGGGAGGAGGGGCCUGGACCCUAGGGGUGGGAAGGAAGAGGUCGGAUCCCCCGAUCCCCAGAAGGAGGUGACCGGGCUGCCUCCCAGUUGGGGCCCCGCGAGGGCGGGGCGCGGAAGAAUCCGGGCGGGCCGUGCUGCGCCACCCAGGGUAUAUCUGUCCCCAGUCCCGGGGGCCGCCUCAUUCCCCGUCCUCAGAUCACGCUCUCUUCUAACUACAGCGUUCUCCGCCUCCGCCUGCGUAGCCCCGGCCAUGGCUCUGUAGCCUCUACCCCUUUGUGCCCCCAGCCCGUCUCCGCGCUCACCACGCCUGCGCUCUCCGCUCCCACCUUCUUUUUUCAGCCGAGGCUGCCGCCGCCUCUCCUUGCUGCAGCCAUGGAGUCUUCCACUUUCGCCUUGGUGCCUGUCUUCGUCCAGCUGAGCAUCUUCCAGAGCCUCCUCCCAGCUGCUGGUGCAGCCGGUCCUGUUGCCAUCAGUGCCCUGCACCUGUGCUACAGCCAUGUCACUCCUGGCGACCCUGGGGCUGGAGCUGGACAGGACCCUGCUCCCAGCUAGUGGGCUGGGAUGGCUUGUAGACUAUGGGAAACUCCCCCCGGCCCCUGCCCCCGUGGCUCCCUAUGAGGUCCUUGGGGGAGCCCUGGAGGGCGGGCUUCCAGUGGGGGGAGAGCCCCUGGCAGGUGAUGGCUUCUCUGACUGGAUGACUGAGAGAGUUGAUUUCACAGCUCUCCUCCCUCUGGAGCCCCCUUUCCCCCCAGGCACCCUCCCCCAACCUUCCCCAACCCCACCCGACCUGGAAGCGAUGGCCGCCCUCCUCAAGAAGGAGCUGGAACAGAUGGAAGACUUCUUCCUAGAUGCCCCGCUCCUGCCGCCACCCUCCCCACCGCCACCACCACCACCACCACCACCACCACCACCACCACCACCACCAGGCCCCUCCCUCCCCCUGCCCCUCCCCUCCCUUGACCUCCCCCAGCCCCCUGUCUUGGAUACUCUGGACUUGCUGGCCAUCUACUGCCGCAGCGAGGCUGGGCAGGGGGAGGUGGGGAUGCCGCCCCUGCCCCUGCCACAGCAGCCCCUUCCUCCUCUUCCACCUCAACCUUCUCGCCUGACCCCCUACCCACAUCCCGCCACUACCCGAGGGGACCGCAAGCAAAAGAAGAGAGACCAGAACAAGUCGGCGGCUCUGAGGUACCGCCAGCGGAAGCGGGCAGAGGGUGAGGCCCUGGAGGGCGAGUGCCAGGGGCUGGAGGCGCGGAAUCGUGAGCUGAGGGAACGGGCAGAGUCCGUGGAGCGCGAGAUCCAGUACGUCAAGGACUUGCUCAUCGAGGUGUACAAGGCCCGGAGCCAGAGGACCCAUAGCUGCUAGAAGGGCGGGGGUGUGGCUUCUGGGGGCUGGUCUUCAGCUCUGGCUCCAUCAUGCCCCUGCCUCCACCUUCAUUCCAUACCCCUCUCUUGGCCGGGCACAGUGGCUUAUGCCUGUAAUCCCAGUACUUUGGGAGGCCAAGGCAGGAGGAUCGUUUGAGGCUAGGAGGUCAAUACCAGCCUGGGCAACAUAGUAAGACCCUGUCUCUAUUAAAAAAAAAAAAAUCCUUCUUCCCCACAAAACCACCCAACUCCUCUCUGCUUUUAUCCUUUUAUCCUCUCUCUCUGCUUUUAUCACCUCUCUUGUGUAUUUCUGGAUCUUCUUCCCUCUUCUCCUCCAAAUCAUUAAAUGUUUGGCCUUAGUCAAUGUCUGUGCCCGUCACAUAACAUCCAAGGCACUGAGGCCCACAGGGAAUACAGGAAGCAGCUGGGAGCUUGGAAACCUGGUCUCUUGAAUUUCAAACCUGGUUUCUUGCAGUUGGUUGUCUGGGGUGAGUGGAGUGGCUACAGGAUAGAGCUGAAGGACUAUACAAAUGAAGAUGUAAGUCAGGGCGGGCUUUGAGAAGUGGACACAUAUCCUACAGGCAAAAAGCAGGCUAGGUGACCUUGGGACACUAUACUAAGGGAGGGAGCCUAAAGGCAGCCAGGUUUACAGAGCGGGAAGAUGAGCAGGCCAAUGGGAGGAGGGGCAGGGCAGGACUGUAGUUGGUGACUGGGUGUUCAUUUUAGCUGUGGGAGAAAAUCAGUGUUUUGUGAAGGUGUUGGAGAGGGGCUGUGUCUAGGUGAGGGAUGGUGGAGUACUGAUUUUUUUGGGACAUUAUGAGCAAAAAUAAAAUGAAGCAUUUCCUCUGGC